ACAAUGUACAUACAUGAAUACAUGAUACAACGUUUUAGCAAAAAAAAAAUACAUGAUACAACAACCAAAGCAAGCUGGCAAUGCAAACAAGCUGGAGACACCUUUAGAUAAUGGGUUUAAUAGAUUAAGUGGGUUUAAUAGAUCAAAUGGAUCGUCAAUCGUCGUCACAAAGCUAUAUUGGGCUAACUUAGUAUAUUUGAUAAAUUAGGUUGAGAUUAUUCUUAAGCAUACAAUUAGGUUGAAGUAGAUCUCCUUUGUUAUCUUUAAGAGAAGUCAGCCCAGUUCGGAGGUAGGCCCAAUAACAUUCAACAAUUAGAGCCCAAGCAGCAUCGGAAAGGAGAGCAAAGCCGAAAAGAUUUAGUCAGCAACGAUGUACGGAAAGAUGUGAUGGAAAACGACAAACAGACUAGGGGGAGACUCGAAACGUACUGAUGCUCGACAAAUGUCACAAGAUUAAGCUUCGUGUAAUUACUAUAAAUGAGAGACAUGGAUGUUGUUUAUCGUCUUCUUCAUCCUAAAACCCUAAAGUUUCAACCUUUGCAGUAAAAAAGAAGGAUGGAUUUGUUCACCGGACCUCACGUCACGUCUGAGGCAGGAGUGUUCUGGGACUUAGACGAAUGUCGGAUCCCUGAUGAAAUGACUGCUGCUCAAGCCUUGGAGAAAAUCAGGCAGAUUCUGUCGGAUGGUGGCCAUCGUGGUCCUGUUUCGAUCCGGGCUUAUGGUGACACGACCGGUCUUGACUUUCAAUCCUCCGAUAUCAAACUCAACCAUUUUCAAGCAGGAGAGAAACGUGAGAAGAUGACGAAAGUCUUGGAGGACAUAGUUGCGUGGUCGGGUGAGAAUCCAGAACCAUCGGUGGGGAUGCUAAUGAUUGGAGACUUGGGAGACGCCGAAGAUGACAUCAUCGAGGUUCUGGAUCUUCUCAAGAUUCGGAAAAAUUACAGGUUUAUUAUUGUGACACUACCCCCACCUCCUCCAACGGUGGUGAUUGUGAUGGCGGAUCUUCCUCGUGGUGGCUGAUUAACAUUUUCAUUAAAAAUAAAAUGGUAGUUUGCAUUUAGUAAAUGUUGGAUAAUCAAAAUCCUCUUUUGGAAACUUUUGUUUUGUCUCGGAAGGAAAAAGAUAAUUACUAAUUAGUAGAUGUUUUUAUUUAUAA